AUGGGAGACGAAGAAGAGCGACAAGCAAAUAUUGUCGCGGAAGCUCAGAGCGACACAUCGACGGAGGAUAGUGUAGACGAGCAACCCCUCCGCAUCGAGACAUUAAGUGCAACUGAGUUGGUUUCAGUCGCGACGUAUUUUCAAGAUGAAGAGGAUUACAUAGUGUUUUCUCUAAUAAACAAGAAGUGUCUCCAUGUCCUCGAUCUGUUCACAUUUAAUCCCAUAUCAGAGACACAACUCUUUCCCAAUGUUAAAGUCCAACACUAUUAUUCCGAACAAGACUAUGUUCUUGAUGGCGUCGAUUCCUUUGUCAUUUGUUACCCAGUCGCUUUAAACAAAGCAGUGCGCUUUAAAGAGAACAAAGUUGUUUGCACGCAAGUAAUUUACACCAAAGAAGAUGUUGCAAUGUUUGGUGUCCAUAUCCCACGGUCGUUGUCCAUCGCGUUGAUUGGCGCAUCUUGUUUUGAAAAAAAUUAUUCAGUUGAUGUGAUGAUCCUUCCCGCAACGGUGAAGUCGAUUGAGCAAGCCGCAUUCUCACAAUGCAAAAAUUUGGAGUCCGUUGCAUGUGGGACGUCAUUGACUUCUCUUCGCGAUGAAUGUUUUUCGGGGUGCGAGUUGUUGGAACAAAUUGGAUUCCCUGUCGAGGGGUUGCGCGCAAUAGGCGACGACUGUUUCUCCGAGUGCCACAGUCUCCGCAAAAUACAAUUUCCACGGACUUUAAUUGCCAUUGGCGAUGGAGCCUUUUACGAGUGUGUUGAACUGACUUCAUUAAGUUUCCCACCAAGUGUCGACUUCAUUGGGCCCGGGUGCUUUGAGAAGUGUAGUCAGUUACAACGCGUCACACUCCCUAACAACAUUUCUGCAAUAACUAGCGACUGUUUUAGGGCUUGUUCCCUUCUCAAUGAUAUUCAAUUUCCAAGCUCAUUAUUAAGUGUUGGAGAUAACGCUUUUGAAGACUGCGUGAGCUUAAAGCGACUUGAUCUCAACUCGAUUCGUAAGGUCGGUGUUGGUGCAUUUAAGCGAUGUUCAAGCCUUACAGAGGUUGUGAUGACAACACACUUGAUGCGAUGUAAAAUAGAGUGUUUCCUUGGGUGUGCGAGUCUGAAAAGUGUCGAGGUCCCAUCAACACUAACUGCAUUGCCAAAGUACUUCAUGUCAGAAUGUGUGAAACUCAGCGAGGUUGUCCUCCCUGAGACUGUUGUUAAAAUCGGUGAUUACUGCUUUGAGUUGUGCAAAUCUCUCACCAAAGUUAACAUCCCGCGUGAUAUUGAAUCUUUUGGUGUUGGGUGUUUCAGCGGGUGCACCGCGCUUAACCAAUAG